GCCGCGUACUGACUUGAAUUCCAAGGUCGUGCGGAUCCAAAAUCGCUGUUCACAUCAGUCUAUUUUUGCUCAGUUAGUGACUUCUGAACUGAAGUCUAUACUCUGAGGUGUCCCUCGUAUCUCUACUUAUCUAUCUCAUGACCACUCCAAUAACAUCUUGUAUGAACGAAUCAGAGUUUUCAGAAGUCUACCCGCCAUCUGAGGAUUCCUAUUUAUUUUUGGAUGCUUUGGAGUUGGAUUCUGGAUUUUUGUCCGAAUUGAGGCCCACUUUAACUCUUGAAGUUGGAAGCGGUAGUGGAGUUAUCAGUGCAUUCUUUUGCUCAUCCAUUUCAAAACCACUCUUCCACAUAUGCACCGACAUAUCCCUCACUGCAUGUUACGCUUCUCUACGUGUGCUAAACGUAAAUGUUCCUAGUACAUCGGUGACAUAUGAUGUAAUUAAUUGUUCGUUAGCAACUCCCCUCUUGUCUAGACUAUAUAAAAGUGUGGAUUUAAUCAUGUUUAAUCCUCCCUAUGUACCGACAACGUCAGACGAACACAAAGCUGCUAGUUCGACUAUAGUUGCCUCAUGGUCUGGUGGGCGACUGGGAAGAGAAGUAAGACUACUUUGCUGGUUUUUUGGUUCAGUUAAAAGUUUUAAACUUGUCGUUCCGAAUCUUCCUGCAGGCAUAAGCAUAUUUUUGGUGUUUUUUCGGUAAACUCAGUGUGUGUAACAAUCGAUUUAAUUUCAUCGGUCUUGAGUCAACAUCACAGAAAUCAAUGGAUAUUACAGAACUUAAUCCAAGUUUAGUAUCUUAUUUGGAUGUUAUGCACUGAAGUCCAUUUCGAACAUCUGUAGCUGUAUUUAGAAAAGUCCACUCUCUGUAUUAGUACUUUCUCAUUAUUCCUUUUGUUGAUAGUUCUGUACUCUGUUAUGUAAUUAUGUUGUAUACCGAAACCGUUAUUCAACAUGAAAAUAUAUUUGAUUGCCUGUUAGACAGUAUCUUAAGGAUGGCAAUGAAUAAAGUAGAAGGUUCAUUUUGGAGAUUAUAUAUGAAAUUACCAAGUGUCGUCUUUCCCUGCAUUUCGAAUUUCCUAUCUGUAAGCACUAAUUUGCUGGCUUAAGUCACUUGCUCCUAAAACUUGUUCUGUUAAUCUGAGAUUAAUAUGAUCUUUUGGAACUCUCACAAAUAAAUGUACUAGAUGUAUUAAACGCUUGCUGAAGAUUUCCCCAUAUUCCUUUAUACCAUAAUUUGCUUGUGGUGUGUCAAAUAAAAUGGUUUAUAUUGUUCGUCCUUCCUUCAACCCCCUUAUUUGUACAUUGCGUUUUCUUAACUGAAUUUCAGGUGAUUGACCCAUUUUUAAGUCAAGCUUAUAAUUUGCUCUCACCGCACGGCUGCAUUUACUUACUGUUAUCGAAAGACAACUGUCCUGAAGAAGUACAUCUUAUGAUGAAAAAGUUGUCUAAUGGAAGAGUCCGUGCAAAAGAAAUUCUUCAUAGACGAGUUCAUAAUGAAUUUUUAACUGUUUUUCGCUAUAGCUGUUGAUAUUUAUAAAUAAACGAAAUAUAAUAACUUGCAUUCCAUUAUGA